CAGACGGACCUCGAUCGUUUUCUGCGUAAAAUUACGGCACGUACAAAAAUUUACCGAAAAUAUAUCAUCGUCAUAUUGUACCAACGCAUUCGUCGUCGUCGUUCCGGACCGUCGUCGACACACCGUACGAGUAAGCCAGAUUAUGUCGGGCACGGUACGAGAGUCUCCGUCGGACUUUAGAAAUGGUGAUUUGAUAAGUCGUUUAUUAGCGGCCACGCCACCGUACCAAACCAACUCUACGUUUGUGCCGCCGGGAUUAUAUUUUAGCGAAAUGCUGAAAAGAUUCGUACAGGCAAAAUCUUGUGCGCCCUUAUCCUUAAAUAAAAGAGGAAGAAAACGGACUUGGAAGGAUAGCGGAAAGGCCGAACUACCGUCUGAAGCCAAGCAAAAGAAAAUGGAUUUCGCACCAAUACCACCGCCCGCGCAAACAGAACCGCAAUUUCCAUUAUGGUACCCUCCAUUUUAUCCACCUACUUACCCGCCGGUGUAUUUUAAGACUCCAGAAGCGGAACCACUGAACUUACAAAUACGCUCAGAUCCGCUGAAGCAGGACAGGCAUUAUUCGGCGUUCCGUGUACCCGAACCGUCCAAAAUGGAAGAACUCGAAAACAUCAACAAUAAACAAGGAACGAGUUAUUUGAUGGGAAACUUGACAAAAAUUUAUAAGCAAGUGGCGCCGGAGGAAGAAAAAAUUAUCGAUGUGGAGGGGGAUGGUCCUGAAACAGCGCAAACCGAAGGUGGCGAAAAAAAAAACUGUAAGGAUUUAACGGCUCUAAUCGGAUUAGAAUUAGUUGUAGAUUACGUGAAACACGGAAAUAAUAAAGAGGGUCAAAAUGAUCAAAAUGUCAAGUGUUGCCAAAAUGCAUAGUUUAAAGUAUGUUACUUAUAGGUUAGGCUAUUUAAUCAAACGAAAAUUGAAUACCGCAGUCAGUAUUAUAUAUAUAUAUAUUGUGGUUUUAGCUCUCUUACGUACAUUAAUGAUGUCCAAAAUGUCAUUUGACUAUUUUUCUUUAGUUUCAAAACUUUAUGUAGAUUGAUAAUUAAUAGUUUAAUUAGACAUGAUUACAUGAUACCGAAGUGGCGAAGUACUCACGUCCUACAAAUAUUAUAGGUAUUAUCUAUAUUGUAUAUUGAGAAAAAAAAUUUGUUAUAUACUCAUUUAUUUUAACAGAAAUAUUAAUACAAUUAAUGAAGAUCAUAGUUUAAGUGUAAGCAAUACUAAGCAUUGAACAUUAAUGUUUAAUAAGUUUGAGUGGAUAAUAAUUUAAUCAUAACAUAAGUAUUCUAUAAAUUAUUAUUAUCACAAACUAAUGUAAUCACAAAAUUGUCUGAUAGAUUGUUUUUAUAAUUUUAUUCCAAUACAUCCAUCUUCAGGAUCUUAGUAAUUUUUAGCUAUUAUAUAUUUUAAUAAUGAGUAUAAAGUGAUAAUUACAUGUAUUAUUAAUGACUUUGUACAGUGUUUACCUGCAGACAAAUUUCGCAAUACAAUAUUAUCGUUAAAUAGGUCUUAGAAUAAUAUAAUAAAUAAUCGUACAAUACAUUAGAAAAAUAAUUACAAUUUUGGGUAGGUAAACAAUUUCCGAGCUCAGCUGAUAACCUUAUAUCGGGCAUUCCAAUAAUCCAACGAGUAAAUAAAUAACAUAAGAAACGUUGUCCGUUCCGAUACAUAGAAUGAUUUUAUUGUAAGACAUUGUGAUACACAAUCAAUCAUUUCAAUUGUAUCAUAUAUUGUUAUGAAAUAAAUAAGUAAAUACUGUACGAGUUUAUAUAAAUAUUUAUAUUUUAUUGUUCGAAAGCAUUGAAAUACAUUUAGUAGACAAAUUUUGGAAGUAACUAGGAACGA